AUGACUGAUGCCGACCCGACGGCACUCUCUUGGUAUCGACGGACGGUGAUGGCCAAAGGGCAACGGCGCAAACCACGAGAUGCAGCUUCGGGAUGGACCUCCAGCCCUGUCGUCUGCAUUACCUGCAGCACAAUGCUGGCUGCAGUUGUUGGCUCGCUCAUCUUCGCAGGCUUCAGCUUCAGCUUGUCACUGGAGAUGCAACCUGGCGUGGUUGUGGCUGGAGACACGACCGAGAAGGCGUUGUCCCCUCAGCCCGGUGGUCAGCUAGCUUCUGUACCUGAUGGGCCGCAUGCAUCACCUUCGACGACGUCCACCACGGGCCUGGCGCCGAUGACCACCAAACAUUUCCAGGCAACUGCACAGGCCGCUUCGCCGCCAAACGACUCCCAGCAGAAGUGCACCAAAGUUGCGUUCCUUCGAAUUCAGAAGACGGCUUCCACGACAUUCGGGCAAGAGAUCAUGUCGAAGAUGUGUGGAAAGACCGGGCAGAUUUGCAGUCGAAGUUGGGACAGGUGUUCACGCGGCAUGGGCAAAUGCUCUCUUCCAUUUGGUUAUUAUCACCUGGAGUAUCGCUACGCCCGUGAAUUUGUAAGUGGACCCGGACGCGGUUGUGUUGUGACAUUUCUGCGUGAUCCAGUUGAAAGGAUCAUGUCUGAAUACUUCAUGCUGCGAGAGAAGCACCGUCAGUUCCUAACAUUCGAUCAAUGGGACGUACAUGCCGCUGAUCUCCGCGAUCUUGACGCCAUUCUUGGCAUCAAAGACGUCCACCAAUCCUUUCACCAGUAUUUGCAGCAUCCGGGAAACCCAUCGCGGAACAGACAGACGUUGUACUUGCUGGGGUUCCAAAGAGUGCGCUGCAAUGCCACAAGAUGUGGAGGAGAUGCAUGUAUUUGUGAGCAGGAUGACUCCGGCUAUCCUUCGAAGGCAUACAAUUGGGACGAAGAUGGAGCCGUCUUGUUGGAGAAUGCGAAGGAUCACUUGCGGGCGUUGGAUGCCUUUGGCAUAACAGACUGCUUCGACCAAUCCAUCAAGGUCAUAGCGCCCGCCCUGGGGUGGGACGCUGAGGCAGCUCUAAAGCUUGCCAAGGACAACCAUGCAUUGCACGUGUGGCGACCGGUCAUGGAGAAGGCUCGGCAAAUUCGACCGAGCGGCAGUGCCACAUCCGUUGAAGGCCAACGACGUUUGAGCUUCAAUGGUCCGGGCAGCAACUUCUGGCGCGAGUUUCUUCAUGACGAUGUUCGCAAGGAAAUUCUGGCGGUCAAUCGAUUGGAUGCAGAGCUCCUGACUUUCGCUAGGAAACACUUCAAGGAGAAGCAUGGUAUUGAGUGCACCGACGAAGCUUGA